AAUUCGCAAGUCUUCUUUCACUAGGGCUGGAUUCGUGACAUAAGGAGUUGACAUUAGAAUCUCGAAGCUGGACGACAAAGUGAGUGACAAAGGCUCGGUUACAUCUAUGGCAAGCACGACGCGAGGCACCAACGAUCAGAUAUGCAUACUUUGUAGACCAGUAAAUCCCGCGGAAAUAAGCAAACACCUCGUAACUUCGCAGGCAUCUCUUUAGCUAACUAUCCGGCUUCAUCGCUUGCCUCGAACUUCGUGUCUCUCGUAUAUAAACGCAAUGUAGCAUUUAAAACUUCCCCCAUCGAACCAGCACUCAGCUAUCCGAUAUCCAAUAUCCAAUGGUCCAACUCACUUCCAAGUUCGCCGCUCUCUCUCUCGCUGUAUUAACGCCCAUCGUUGCGGCAGUUGAUAUCCGUCUCUGCGAUCAUGCGUACUACGUUGGCUGUGAUUGGAAGUACAACGUCCCCACCGGAAAGUGCCUCAACAGCACCGCCAGUACUGGCUGGUCCGGAUUCAACGACAACGUCGUGAGCUCUUACAAUCAGACGAACACCGGCAGCUGUGGUGCAUGCUACUAUUUUGCAGACGACGACUGCUUCGAUCUGUUGUUCAGCAGUGGCGACGCUAGUUUGAACUGGUUCGCUGGAAACAACGACCGUCUCUCGUCUAUUUUCUGUUCUGAGAGCGCGUAAUUGCGAAGUGUCUUGGAAUCGUGAAGAGUUUCGACAGUGUAAUCGUGUAUGUUGUACUUCCUACGUAUGCAAUUAUGUGUGUGAUUUAUGAGUGAGAGAA